AUGUCGUUUCUUAGUUUAAUUUUAGUAUCAUUGUGUGUAGGAGCUAGCUAUGGAGUCGUCUACGAUUAUUAUACGGCUGAACCCGUAUCCACAACACAAUUAAGGUUCUAUGAAACCGAAGGUGUGACUGAUACUUGUACCAUCGACAUCCAACCUUGCUCUGCUAACGAACCCAGGCGUGCUGAUGGAUCAUGUGUCAGUCUGAAGAAACCUGGAAAAGGAACAUACUUCACCCCGGUGAAGAGGUUACUGCCUGCCCAUUACCAUAACGAAUACUUCGCAAGAUUAUCACAAUCUGGUGAUGAACUGCCUCUAGCUAGAACUGUCCGUCUCAACCUGGUUAACGAAGGAAAAUCAUCCAAUCUGGAUUUCAACCAUCACUAUACUGGUUUCGCUACAUUCUUAUUUAGUGACAUUGGAUCCGUUCAUGAUGCUGAAAAUAUGUUGCUUAAGACCACAUACUGUUGUGAGGAGGAACACUGGAACGACUAUGAAUGUACGCCCAACUUCUUGACUGCUGACGACCCUGUGCACAGGUUUACAGGCAUCAAGUGCAUGAACAGCACCAGACCUUUGACUUACCAGGUUUACAAGUGUACUAAGGAUACUGUGCCUGCUCCUCUGAAAAAGGCAACUACCUUGUUUGAUUUGUCCCAACUAUACAAUGCGAACAACAAAGGUGAUAAAGCCGUCAGAUCUUUCGUCAAUGGACAAUUAGCAGUAGACAUAGAAGAUGGUCACGCGUACCCACCUAGCAGUCCAGACGCAGUCUGCCCUAACAACCAAGGCAACGAAACUAGAUGCUUUGCCAACUACUUCAACAACUUGCUGCCAAACACACUGUACGUGAUCUGGUUUGUACGUCACCACAACUACAUAGCCAGCCAACUAGCUGAACUCAACCCAUGCUGGAGUGACGAAAAACUGUUCACGGUUGCUAAAGACAUCAACAUUGCUUAUUAUCUACAAAUUUUCUUAUACGAAUGGUUGCCACUUCUUGAAGGUCGCGACAAUCUCAUUAACGCUGGUAUUAUAAACAAACGUGACGGAUUCAGGGACUUAUAUAAUGAAGAUGAGGUUCCUGAAGUAACAUUGGAAUUUUCUUACACCAUGCGUUGGUUCCACUUGAUGCAGCCCACUACCGCGAAGUUGUAUGACAGACAUGGUAACUUUAUCAAGGACUACCCAAUACUGAAUGCUACCUUCCACACCGGACUGGUAACACUAGGUGACAACAUUGAGUACUAUACUCAGAGUAUGAUCAGAGCUGGAUGCCGCGCUUACGAUAGCACCGUUGAUUACGAUAUGGCCCAUCACGCUUUCCCUGGUGUACAACUAAGCCUUGACGCUCCAGCUGGAGAUUUGAACAAAGGUCGUAACCUCGGUAUUGCUCCUUACGUCGACUAUAUCAAACACUUCACUGGCAUCGACAUCAAAUGCUUCGACGAUUUGGCUCCAUUCAUUCCACCGGGCAAAAUUCACCUAUUGAAACAAGUGUACGGUGAUGUGAGAGAUGUAGACUUAUUAGCUGGUCUUUGGAUUGAAAAGAUGAUGGAAGGUGGUCGCAUUCCUCUUAUCCUCGCCAGUAUCUUCAAUGACAAUAUCCUUAGGGCUCUGAAGAGUGACAGACAUUGGUAUGAAAGACAAAACAGGCCUGAUGCCUUCACCCGAGGUCAACUCAAGGAGAUCAGGAAAGCGUCUAUAGCUCGUGUGCUCUGCGAUGUCGGUGACGGCAUCUAUGAAGUCCCCAAAAACGCCAUCUAUAACAUUUCACCAAAGAACCCAUUGGUUAGUUGCGAUAAAAUCAAGGGUAUGGACUUCCGUGCUUGGGCCGAUGAUACAUGCCAAAGCAGUUAA